UACAUUGACUACGGAACUGAAAACGUCCGGAACUGAAGGCUUUUUCCUCUUUAGUUUCUCAUCGAACCUGUUUUUGUAACGGACCGGCAUGAACAGGAUGACUAUUUGGGAAUGAUCUCCUAAACAGCACCAUGAUCUCAGUUGAAGCUGGUCUCUACAUUGGCUCUGUCUCAGAUCUUAAGGAUCCUGAAGCUCUGAAACGCACCGGCAUCACUCACAUCCUCAGUGUGGACUCUGAACAGCCAGAGCUUUCAGGAUUUCACACCGAAUUUGUCCAUGCCUUGGACGAUGCCUCUACAGAUCUCCUAAGCAAGCUGGACAGCUGUGUCCAGUUUAUCAGCGAUGCUCUGAAUGCAUCUUCUUCCUCGUCCUCCUCUUCAACUUCAGCUCCAUCAUCAUCAUCAUCAUCAGGAUCAACAUCAUCUAUUCUUGUUCAUUGUCAUGCAGGUCAGAGUCGGAGUGCCACCAUCAUCACUGCUUAUUUAAUGAAGACACACAAGCUGAGUGCCCAGGAGGCAUAUACUAAACUCCAACACAUCAAACCAGAUAUCAAGAUGAAUGAGGAAUUUCUUGAUCAGUUGGCGCUGUACGAAGCUAUGAAUUGUGAACUGGAUACCAGCAGCGUGUUAUACAAGCAGUUCCGAUUGAAGAAAGUUACUGAGAAAUACCCAGAGCUUAAAAGCGUUCCCCGAGACGUCUUCGCAGCCGAUCCUGCACAAAGCCACAGCGCCGAGGCUGUGUACAGAUGCAGGAAGUGCAGACGCACACUGUUCCGUCACUCCAGCAUCCUCAGUCACUGUGUAGGCAGCGGAGAGGCGGCAUUCUCCCAUAAGAGGCCGAGCGGUGGACCACUCGCCGGAAAUCAGAGCCAGUGCACGUCGUAUUUCAUCGAGCCUGUGCAGUGGAUGGAGGAGGCGCUGCUCGGAGUCAUGGAUGGACAGCUCCUGUGUCCUAAGUGCAGCUCAAAGCUUGGCUCAUUUAACUGGUACGGAGAGCAGUGUUCGUGUGGCCGCUGGGUGACCCCCGCCUUCCAAAUGCACAAGAACAGAGUGGACGAAAUCAAACACAUCAACAUCGCAGCACUUAAAUAACACCAGCAAACAGUUUAUCCCACAAAUAAACACAUAUAUUGUUAAAUCGUUUUGUUGUGGCUUUAUCUGUUAUAAGGCUAUUUAAAUGAACUGUAAUAGACUUGAUGCAGGUUUAUUCAGGUCAGUAUUUACUCUCACACUUCAUCCAGUAGAUGGCGCCACAUUUAUGCAUUCCUCAUGUCCUCAAGCUCAGUCCUCAUGCAAGUCCCGAAUCAAAAGUCCAGAGGGAGGAGCCAGAUCUGAUCCGGCUCCUCCUAUCUGGGUGGAGUCGAACCAAUUUGAUAUAAUGUUCAUAGAAAGUCUUUGAUUUAAUACUGAAGUAACUGUGCAGAUUAUACUGGAGCCAGCGUGAUCUAUUUAUCUCUGUAGUGAUGUCAAUUGAAAUGAGGGAAGUAAAGACAGUGACACAGUGUAAAGGUCUAUUUCUAUUAUUUCUAAAAAGUGCAUACAGGGAAGCAGAGUAAAGGAAGAAGAAUAUUUUAUUAGUGUAAUGAAAACAGAUCAUUUCUGCUCUGCUUUAGUUUGAGGAAAUCUUAAAUGGUCACAUAUUUGUUCUCUUAUCCAGGCUUUGAAGCUAAUGCAGCUAAAAAGAAAGCUGCACUUCUAGCUUCAAGUCAAGGAUGUUGCAAAAUAUAGCCAUAAAUCAUCACAAAUUCACUUCUUCAAGGGGGUUGCU